AAUAGACGACAAACUUCGAGACCUUUUCACCAACAUGGCGGAGCAGAUAAAGAAAAUGGAAGUAGAUGAAAGUAGUAGCAGUCAUGAAGGCAUCAAACAGUAUUAUAUCAGUAAAAUAGAAGAACAACAGUUAAUUGUAACAGAAAAAACACAGAACUUACGCCGUCUAGAAGCACAGCGAAAUGAAUUGAAUGCUAAAGUUCGUAUGUUACGAGAAGAAUUACAACUUCUACAGGAACAAGGGUCUUAUGUUGGUGAGGUUGUUAAACCCAUGGAUAAAAAGAAAGUUCUUGUCAAGGUUCACCCAGAAGGAAAGUUUGUUGUUGAUAUAGAUAAAAAUAUAGAUAUUAAUUCUGUAACACCUAAUUGUCGAGUUGCUUUAAGAAAUGAUAGCUAUGUUCUACACAAGAUUUUACCUAAUAAGGUUGAUCCAUUAGUAAGUUUAAUGAUGGUAGAGAAAGUACCCGAUUCCACAUAUGAAAUGGUCGGAGGUCUAGAUAAACAAAUCAAAGAAAUAAAAGAAGUCAUUGAGUUACCAGUUAAACAUCCAGAAUUAUUUGAAGCUCUUGGCAUCGCACAACCCAAGGGUGUGUUAUUAUAUGGUCCACCAGGUACUGGUAAAACUCUACUUGCUAGAGCUGUAGCCCAUCACACAGAAUGUACCUUUAUUAGAGUCUCCGGAUCAGAACUUGUACAAAAAUUUAUUGGUGAAGGAUCUCGUAUGGUCAGAGAACUUUUUGUUAUGGCUAGAGAACAUGCUCCAUCUAUUAUAUUUAUGGAUGAAAUUGAUUCUAUAGGAUCAUCAAGAUUAGAAGGUGGAUCAGGAGGUGACAGUGAAGUGCAAAGAACUAUGUUAGAAUUAUUAAAUCAAUUGGAUGGAUUUGAACCCAAACAGAAUAUCAAGGUGAUUAUGGCAACUAAUCGUAUAGAUAUUUUAGAUUCUGCUUUACUUCGACCUGGUCGUAUUGAUAGAAAGAUAGAAUUUCCUCCACCAAAUGAAGAGGCUCGACAAGAUAUUCUUAAGAUUCAUUCAAGAAAAAUGAAUUUGACUCGAGGGAUUAAUUUAAGAAAAAUUGCUGAAAUGAUGCCCGGAGCUUCUGGUGCUGAAGUGAAGGGUGUAUGUACAGAAGCUGGAAUGUAUGCCUUAAGAGAAAGGAGAGUUCAUGUUACACAGGAAGAUUUUGAAUUAGCUGUUGCUAAGAUUAUGUUAAAGGAUUCAGAGAAGAAUAUGUCUAUCAAGAAACAAUGGAAAUAAUGAAACAUUAAUGUUAGAAGUUACUACAAAUGUAUAUUUAUUGCCAUUUAUUGAAAAACAUUUUUUUCGUAAUACAUAGUUUUCAUCUCCAGUCAAAGGGGUCAAACAAAUUUGACCUGCAUAUAUGUUCCAUAACUUCAUGUUGCCAUUUUGUUAGCGUCUUAAAAUAGACUGUGUAUACGAUGGCAUUUAAUGUGUAAUAUAUUAAUAAUAAAUUUCUACUUGGUGGA